AGAAGUUCACAGUGCAACACCAAAUGAUAAUGUCACAUUUUAUAAUUUUGACGUUCGUAUUGUCAUUCUUAGUGUCAAUAUUCAUUUCUCUCAGCUCCUCACUGGCAAAUUAGCAAAAACAAAAUCAAAAUUAGUAAACACACAAUUUAUACUAGUUUGUCAUGGUAUUUAUAAAAAAUUACAUUAAAAUACGGCAAGUUAUAAUGCUUUGAAGCAGUUCUUAAUACAAGGUUUCUACCUUCUUCUCUUGAAUGGUCCACAAUUCAAUAAUUUGUAAACAAAUCGUUAAAUUUGAUAAGCAAAUGAAAGUGAAGCGCGGCUAUUACGAUGUGUUUGUAAAAACAUGUGCCAAAUAUUCAUCGAGCGUCGCUGUGAGACAUUUUGACAACGGUGCGUAUAAGAACUACACGUACUCCGAGCUAUACGGAGUGUGCGAGUACAUAUCACAGAACCUCCAGCAAGUGAAAUGCAACAAGGGAGUCAUCGGCUUGGUCUCAGAGAGGAACAUCAUCAUACCAUGUGUCAUAGCCGCAGCCCACAAAUGCUGCACCACAUUCAUGUUUGUGGAUCCAAGCCAGGAUAUAGAGACAGUAGCAAAAGAUAUCGAUUUUACCACCAUAAUCACCAUCAAGAACCAGGUGGAUGAUUCAAAUGCUGAAUUAUUUGGUAAAAAGCCAGACCGGACGGUGUCUGUGUUUGAUAUGACCAUCACUUUCUAUAACUUAGAUAUUACAGGUGAACCUAACAGCAAGCAUUUACCGCAGUAUUCAUUCAUAGCAAUGACAUCAGGCAGCACAGGAGAACCAAAACACAUCCAAGUCCCAAUACAGUGCAUACAGCCUAACAUUGAUGACCUAACCAAAAUGUUUAAUAUUACUCAACAUGAUGUCAUAUUCUUCUCCACACCUCUGACUUUUGACCCAUCCAUGGUUGAAAUAUUGUUAGCCUGCAUGAAUGGGGCAUCUCUCCUCAUUGCUCCGGACCGGGCUGAUGUGCUGUUCCCUGAGAACAAAGAGAAUGCCAUCACAUUUUGGCAAACAACACCAUCCAAAUUCCUUCAGUACUCUAAUGCUGACAUAAAGAACAGGAUCUUAAGUGCCAACUCUACACUCAAAAUACUAGCUCUGGGAGGGGAACCUCUGAGUAGUAUCAAAAGAUUGAGAGAUUUGAAGAGUUGGGAUAAUAAGACAAAGAUUUAUACCAUGUAUGGAGUUACGGAGAUGUCCUGCUGGGCUUGUGUGGCAGAGCUUGACCUUAACAGGAUACUCACAGACAGAGAGGUGCCUCUGGGAAAUUGUCUGUCUGAAACUGAACUCAUUUUAGAUCGUGCCAAAGAAAAUAAAAAUAGAGGUAAAAUUUUAUUAGUGAGUAAAACUAGAAAGUGUAUUAUUCUAAACAAGAACCUCGAAGGUGAUGAAGAAAACUGCUUGAAAUUUGUGGAUACUGGAGAUUUAGGAGAAAUGCGAAGUGGAACCAUUUACUACAGGGGCCGCAGAGAUGAUAUUAUCAAAAGGUUUGGACAGAAAGUAAAUCUGCAGAUAAUAGAAGCUACCAUCAUGCAGUGCCCAAGAGUAAAGACCUGUGCAUGUGUGUGGCUUCCCAAACCAAUGCUUCUUGCUGUGUAUUUUUCUUCUGAAACUCUAAACAGCCAAGAAUUAUCUGACUUUCUUAAAUGUAAACUAGAUGACAAGCACUGGCCUGAUAAAAUCAUGAGAGUAGACAACUUGCCAACAAAUCCUCAUGGUAAAAUAUCAAGGCAAAUACUAUCCAGAAUGUAUGAAAGACAUGUGACUAUGCCACAAACUCUAGAUUCUUUGAAAGCCAACUUCUUGCAAGAGCUAAAGAUGGCCAUGGGCAAAAGUUUUACAUAUGACCAGAUAAAGCACAAAGACUUCUUCUCUAUUGGAGGCACAUCAUUUCUGGCUGUGUCGAUGUGCAACAGGCUGUCUCUGAGCUGCCCGCAGUUUGGGAAAAUGAUACUUCCUUACUUGAUGUCCCAAAGACAUACUGUUGAUGAUAUAAUACAAAUAGCUUUUAAAGAAUUAUCUGGAGAUGAUGGGAAACAUAAACGGCGCUCAAAGAGGUUUCGGUCUGAUUCUGGAAAUAUUGGUCAGUCAGAAAGUUUACUUAAGAGAGCAAGCAUGAAUAAUAAUGACCCUGUUGAGUUCAUGGUUUUGUGGUCCUAUGAUACUGGCAAAUGUGUGGAUGCCUCUCCUGUGUUGUUCCAAUCAGGAUUCAAUCUCUAUGUCACAGUGGGCAGUCACUCUGGUAAAAUAAUAGUAGCGGAUGCUAUAAGUGGGGACCUGCAAGGUAUGGUGACAUUAAACACGCGGAUCGAGGCGGCCGUGCUGUGCAAGCUGGACGAGUUCGUGACGUCACCGUGCGGCUUCGUCGGCGGCUACGAUGGUACCAUCGUCUGCUUCUACAUGCUCACAUGCAUGGAGCGAUGGCGGAUCAACAUCCGGUCUAUGAUCAAAAGCAAAGCCGUGUGCUGUAAGGGACAACUGUACGUAGCGUCGUACGACGGCAAUGUCAGGUGUAUUGAUUGCCGGAAUGGUGCACUGAUACAAAUAAUCGAAGUGACCGACCAA